AUGGAACUUUUACACAGUAUUUCAAGUACAUUUGAAAACAUAAAAACUACCAUAAAGAACAGGAAUUCUACUGAACGCCUACUUAUUUUGAAGAAAGAAAUCCAAACCUUGAGCACAGAGCUCGUCAUAUUUGGCAAGGAAAACCACGACCAGUAUGUAAGAUCUCUUGCUAUGGAAGGCUACGUUACCCUACUUUCUGUGAAAACCAUGCCAAUAUCCCUUGAAGACAAAAGAAAUCUUUUACAAGAUGCAUUUGAUAAACUAAAAAAACAUGCUUUAAGAGAGGAAUGUCUUUUUAUAUUUUUAAGAAUACAAAAUCUUUUAUGUUACUAUCUGAUUCAAUUAGACCAAAUUACAAUCGCUAAAGAUAUUCUUGAAAAUAUGGAAGAUCUUUAUGACAAAAUAAGCAAAUCAGACUCAGACAAAUUCUACGACGCCGAAGAUUUGUUUACAAAUGAACCUCUUACAAAAAUCAAACGGGUGAACCCAGAAAAAAUCGACAAGGUUAUUACAAAUAAUGUGCAAAUGCAAGCUUUUUUAUACAAUAAAUUAAACAUGCCAGAAAAAUAUUCUCUCUAUAACCAUACAGCACUCAGACGGCAAUUGGAAAUGAAAGAGGGCACGCCUCAAGAUUGGGCUUUGAGAGCCGCUAGGCUUGGAAAUUAUUUUACAUAUCUUAACCAACUACGGAACGCGCGUCAUCACCUUUCUGCCGCUUAUCAAAUAUUGCGUACUUGCCACGAUAACUGCAAACUAAUACCAGAAGAAUUCGUGCUCCAAAAAGCGGACUUUGAAAUGCAUUUCUUAGAGCUUAGUCACUACUGGGUCAAGUAUGGAUUAACCCUUUUUAAAUUGUCGAAGAAGAAAAUAUUAAAUCGAUAUUUUUCUAAUCCAUCAGCUAAAACAGACUUGUGGAAAGCGGUAAAUAUGAACGUACUUGAUGAGAUUGUUGUAAAUAAUGAAAAGUUCGAUGAUGAAAAUGUAAAAGAUGUUGGGGCCGAAAAAUCUGGAAAAGGAGAUGUAACGUCCGAGAAACUUUUUAUUUUUCCUACAUUAGACUUAAAAGAAAUGGAAAACAGAAUUCCAGUUGACAUCAUUUGUGGUAUUGAAGAAGCUAGAAGAUUAUUUACCUUCUCUCAUAAAUGGUUAGUGCGAGCAAGACAUUAUUAUGAUUUCGAACAUCAUGCAGCUCAAUAUAUUUCUUGUUCUUUGCAAUUAGCAGAGCUGUACGAACACUUGGCAUUCUUUGAGAAGAAUAUUGAUAAUCAGUACAAUAUACAAAAAAGACGAGCAGACGUAUUAGAAGCACUUAAUUCGCUACUAAAGAAUUGCGACAGUGUCAUGUCGGUACAAAUCGACGUUAUAAAGGAGCUGUCUCAAGUCCAGUUGGAGCUAAUGGCUUUAAAUCUGCAAAAGUUGUGGCGUGAGGAAUCUCAAACAAAUGUAUUUAGUUUGGAUGCCGAUGCUGAUUCAAUAAUAAACUCUUUAGAUUCGGAAUCUAAUAAGACAUUAACAGAGAAAACAUUAAAUACUACAAGCAAGAAUAUGUUUUUACGAAAAAUGGAAGCAGCAACAUUGUUGAACGGAAAAUUAUUUCGCUUAAGCGAUCAGUUAGAUGUGGGGACCCCAUCACAAUUAAGUUUCAGAACUAAUCAAAUAAAAAGCUGA